CCUGGCCCAGGUGUGCCGCGCGCUGCGGCGCGUCACCAGCUGCGACCCGCCAUGGCGCCGCAUCGCGCGGGCCUCGCUCAACGCCGGCUUCUCGCGGCUCGGCACAGACCUAAUGAGCAGUGUCCCCGUGAAGGAACGGGUGAAGGUGUCUCAGAACUGGAGGCUGGGGCGCUGCCGAGAGGGGAUUCUGCUGAAGUGGCGAUGCAGUCAGAUGCCUUGGAUGCAACUAGAGGAUAAUUCUCUCUACAUAUCCCAGGCUAAUUUCAUCCUGGCCUACCAGUUCCGCCCAGAUGGUGCUAGUUUGAACCGUCGGCCCCUGGGAGUCUUCGCUGGGCAUGAUGAGGAUGUCUGUCACUUCGUGCUGGCCAACUCACAUAUUAUCAGUGCAGGAGGAGAUGGGAAGAUUGGUGUUCAUAAGAUUCACAGCACCUUUGCUGUCAAGUACUCAGCUCAUGAGCAGGAGGUGAACUGUGUGGACUGCAAAGGGAACAUCAUUGUGAGUGGCUCCAGGGACAGGACGGCCAAGGUGUGGCCUUUGACCUCAGGCCGGCUGGGGCAGUGCUUACACACCAUCCAGACUGAAGACCGAGUCUGGUCCAUUGCUAUCAGCCCAUUACUCAGCUCUUUUGUGACAGGGACCGCUUGUUGUGGCCACUUCUCACCACUGAGAAUCUGGGACCUCAACAGCGGGCAGCUGAUGACACACCUGGGCAGUGACUUCCCCCCAGGGGCUGGGGUGCUGGAUGUGAUGUAUGAGUCCCCUUCAACACUGCUGUCCUGUGGCUAUGACACCUAUGUUCGCUACUGGGACCUCCGCACCAGCGUCCGGAAGUGUGUCAUGGAGUGGGAAGAACCCCACGACAGCACCCUCUACUGCCUGCAGACAGAUGGCAACCACCUGCUGGCCACAGGUUCCUCCUACUAUGGGGUCGUCCGCCUGUGGGACAGGCGCCAGAGGGCCUGCCUGCACGCUUUCCCACUGACGUCGACCCCGCUCAGCAGUCCUGUGUACUGCCUGCGGUUCACCACCACGCAUCUCUAUGCUGCACUCUCCUACAAUCUCCAUGUCCUGGACUUUAAAAACCCUUGACAGGCUACUCCUGCCUGCAUGCUGGAAACCAGCAACUCAGGAACCUCUUCUGCCUAGAGUGUAGGGUGACGCUUCCUCCUCUCCCUGCUGUGUUCCUGGACCUGUGGCCACAGUACCCAGGCACGUGAAGCUAGGGGCAGUGACCCCUGGGGCUCUGGGGCUCUGGGGCCCUGGAGAUGCAGGCAGUCCUGCAGUCCAUGAGCAGAUAGGACCUGCCAUUGUAGGAAGAUGCUCACACCUGUCUGGCAAGAGCAAGGGUCUACCUGGGAAGGCCCAAUCCUGCCCUUGCACCUGCCCCGCUUCGCUGCCUGCAGGAGGAGGGGCGGUGGGGCUACCCUUGCAGUGGCCUUCUGUCUGCCCUGGCACCAGCUGCCUCCUGUCAGACCCCUCAGUCUGACCAGCCUCAGGGGGGCACUAUGGCCUGGUUUGACCUUGGGUUCUGAUCUAGCCCUCAGACUGGCCUGGGGUACCCUUAGGCAGCUGUGAAAGCAUGCUACUACUUUCAUUUUUGUAAAAAUAAAGCUUGGUUGUUUCACGUA